AAUGGCCGUUCGGAGAGGGAAGCAACAAGGAAGCGAGAUAGAGGGAGACUGCUGGGGCCCUGAGCGCGCCCACCCCCUGCUCCCAUCUCCCAACCCGGGCCCGUUGGCAUCAGGGGUCCUCCUCUCGGCUCCAACGGGUGACUCAGCUGCUCUCUCCGCUCCUCUUUCAGCCACUUUGCCCGGUGUGGCUGAGCCCUCCCCGGAAUCCGACUCUGUCGCUGUGACUGUAGCUUUAGAGCCGCCGCCUGUGGCUUCCACGGCGGGCGGCGCCUUCUCGGUGUCCGUGGCUUUCCCUGGCUCGGUAACUCGGGAAAGUUGUUUCCAUUUCGCUUGCGAGCUCCUGAAGCACGUCCUGUACCAGAGGCAGCAACUACCAUUGCCUUACGAACAGCUCGUCUGCUUCUCGCGGAGGCAACUUCCGAGGCCCCCGCACCAGGAUGAAAAUGUGAUCAGAAAUGUCUACUCUAGAGAUCUAGAAAACAGUAAGAAAUGCCAGCAAGCAUUAGGCGACCUGGAAAGAGUGUUUCAGCACUUAGAAAUCAUGUUCAGCUUGACAUUGGUUCCACGGGUUCUUAUUCUGCUUGGGGGUACUGCUGUCAACCCUAAAGAACUAUACGAGAUCAACCUGCAGGGCAUCUCUCUAGGUGGCACCGAGGAGAGCCUGCAGACAGCAGCCUGUGUUCGCAAGCUUUUCCAUUCACUCUUCUUGGCAGACGUCUUCAGUGAUCUUCAAGCUGUCUCCACCAUGGGUGUCAUUGUUAUGGUCCAAGGGCACCGCAACUGUGGUAUUGACUGGUUCAGACCCAAACUGAACUACAAAGUGCCAGCUCGAGGAAGGAAGCUGACUGUCAACUUAUUCUGCAGUGACUGUGACAAUGCAACACUCUCUUCUUAUUCAGAAGUUAACUCUGGCUUGAAUGAUUAUAUAUGGUUUCAAGCUCCAGUGACAAUGAAGGGUUUCCGUUACUUUUCUUAACAAAAGUUUUGAAAGGGACAUUACUUAACCUAUUAUUGAUUUUGUGCCAAGUCUUUGAUCAUUUGCAACUACAAGUUCCUCUCUUGAAUUUCUGUUCCAGAAAUGCUUUAAAAAUUACACUGAGCUGUACUCUCUAGAGCAGUCUCUCCAAAUGAUGGACCUUGGAAACAGUUCCACUGUGAUUACAAGUGCCUUUGGAGAACUGAUUCAUAGGGUAAAACAGUGUUGUGGGACCCAUUAACUUAUUUUUCUCUGCUGUUUAGUUAUUAAACAAUACUUGAAACAAUCGGGCCAUAGUAGGAGCUUCCUCUAGAACAUUACAUUAGCGGUAGGCUAUGUUCACUGCUAGAUUACUGUGCAAUGUUUACUGAAUUACAAUUUGUUAUUUUUUUAAAGGAUAUCAUGAAAGCCAUAAUUUGCAUCUUUGCCUGUACAAUGAUAGAUGCUGUAAUAAGCAGCUGUUGCGAUGGCCAUCCAGCUUUAAAUAAGCCUAGGAAACUCUCUUCCUUGUUUGGAGGAAUAAUGAUGACAUUUAAAGCUGGAAUUCUGCACUGCCAUAUUUUCACACCUGUUUUCUAGACACUGUAUGAAAGCAUUGCUUCUUCUGAGAAGUACCUUGAGUAAUGUGAGAGAAAAGAGACCCCCCCCCACACACACACACUCAAGUUGUCAGCAUGUGUAAUAUUAUUGAAAUAGUCACUUUGCCUUCGUCAUAAUGGUUCUGCUUGGUUGAUGUGACUGCUUUUCCUUCUUGUGAGUUGACCUUUAACUAGUAAUGCUAAAGGUGACCAUCCUAAAAGUGCUUUUUGUGGAAAUGGAUCUUUAUUGCACAGCUCUUGGAAGUUUCCAUUUACAUUUGUAAAGGUAUAGAAGUUGUUUACCUCAUCUUCAGUUAUUUUGACCAAAGUUAAACUAGAACUGAUAUGAAAUUAAUGCAUAAGAUAGAUGAAGGACCAACCUCCUAUAGGCUAUGUUACAUUGUGACACUGAGCUGCUUUAUAUUCAGUGUUUGUAUUAAGAUAGAGGGUAGGAAGCUCCUGUAGGAUGAGCAUUAACGAAGAUGAGCAUCUAGUCCAAAAUAGAUAAACUGUUCAUGAUUUGAGCAAAGCCACUAUCAGGGGCUGUAUUGCUUUAAGGUCCUGUGAAAAUUGUUGUCUGUCAGUUUGGGAAGAUGUGGCUUUCUUGUGGGCAUAAUGGUCAGACUGCUGUUCUAUCAAAUGGUUCUAUGGCAGGGGAAGUAUAAAGGAAGCUAGAUGUGGGACAGCUUGAUAGGGUAGAUAACUUCCUGCCCUGAGAGCAAGAUUCUCAGUCAUGAGGCUAAAACAGAGGAAUGUAGAGCUGCAAAUUGGAUUGUUUUACUACCAUGUUUGAGACUGAAGUAGAGGCCUAGCAGUGCCUGCUAUAUAAAGGUUUAUACGCACACAUUACAUGUGUGGCAUCUGACUAGGGACCGCAAGUGUACACUCUGACAGAACAGCUGCCAAAAAAAUGGUUGUUAAAGAAAGAUUUCCAGUUUCAGAGCAUUAUAAGUUGUCUGAGAUGUGGUACUUUCUAUUGAAUUAACUUUCUGGGAGAGGUUGAACAAAUAUGCCAAUUCAAAGAAAAUAAAAAUAUUGCAGAUAUUUAGCUAUUUGUACACAUGCUCUGUUCUAAAAUAUGGGAUAGAGAGAAGCUGAAAAUUUCUAGAAGCAUGCCUAUAAAAGUAGAGCUCUGUGUUUCAAGUUCCUGCUGCAAUCAAUUAUCUCUUUUUAAAAACCCACAACAUUGU